CCUUUCUGUAAACAUUGCCACAUAUGUAACCCUCCUAGGAAUCGUCCUCUACAGAGACAGAGAAGUUUCUUCCCAGAAUCAGUUCAAAACUGGAUUAGAGGAAUGAAAUCCCCUUAUGGAUUAAAUGAUAUAACACAGAGCCUUAAUGGGUUUGAAGAAUUGAGGAAGUACAUAAAACAUGGCAGCGAGUUCUGUAAAGAAGUGGCUAAUAUUUUACAAGAGAGAUCUGAUUUAGAAAGUAAUUAUGCAAAAAAUCUGCAGAGAUUGAGUGGAAAAUUGUUAAAAGUUACUUCUAAUAACAUUGGAACAUUAGCAGAAGGAUGGAAGGCUGUAGCUACUAUGAUGGAACAGGAGUCAGAUCUCCAUAAAAAUCUAGCAGUAGCGUUUGUUGAAGAAAUAAGUAAACCUUUAAAACUCUUGGUAGAAGCACAGAUUAAAGCCAGAAAACCUAUUGAGGUAGCUGUUGAUAAAAGUUUAAAGAAUCUAACAGAUAGAAGGACAGAAGAAUAUAGAGCAAAGAAAUCUGCAUAUGCAUGUGCAAAAGAUUAUGAAAAAGGAGAAGAAUCCAAAAAUGAAUCUAAAGCAGGAAAUAAAAAACACUCAGACAAAGAUAAAAUUAAGCUGGAGAAGAAAUGUGACCAGUUCAGUAAGUCCUUAAAGAAAGCUGACAAAGAUUACUGUGAAUUGUGUGAAAAAGCUGAAGCUGCAAGACAAGAGUGGGACUCUAAUGUAUUAAAGGGAAGUGCCCAGCUCCAGUCUUUAGAAGAGGAUCGAAUAUCAAAGAUGUCAGAAUAUUUAAACCAAUACAACAGUCACAUGUCAGUGAUGGGUCCAAAAAUAACUCAGAGUUGUGAUAGACUAAAUGAGGCUGUGGUGGCAGUUGAUUUACAAGGAGACCUGAGGACAAUAGUGCAAAAGAAAGGAUCGGGAGUAGCAGCUUCAGAACAGAUAUUAAUUGACUGUUAUGCAGAAGAUAUGCAAUUUUCUAUGAAACCAGAACGACGAAAAAAUUCAUUACAAAAUUAUUUAUUAUUUAUAAGACAAUCAAUAGAAAGAGAAAGAAAAGGGCGAGAAGGUGUAGAAAAACUAGUAGAAGUAUAUAACCAAAGACCUGGUUUUGCAGACCCAGAAACACAAAUUGAGACCAAACAGAGGUUACUGCAGGUUACAUAUAUGAUGAAUUUCUUAGAAGCCAGCCAUUUUAAAUUAGCCAACAGUUUUGCUACCUUAGAUAAACAACAGAAAAUGGAACACAAAUUUGCCCAGUAUAUAGAAACUACUAGAGAUAAACAGGGAGUAGCAGUAUCAACAUUACGGUUACCAGCAAACCUGGCCAAUGAAGGGAAUUCAGGUUAUGAUGUGACAUCGGUUACACUUACUACCCUUGCUAGUCAAGGCAAUGAGAAUGAAACUGGUUUUGCUGAUGAUGAGUUUGAAACAGAAUCUAUAGGACAGUGUAAGGCCUUGUAUGAUUAUGAAGCUACACAUCAUGAUGAGUUGACCAUAUCUGAAGGAGAUAUUAUAAACUUGUAUGAUAAACAACAAGAUGGCUGGUGGCAAGGAGAAUGUGGGGGUAACAUUGGUAUAUUUCCAGCAACUUAUGUACAGGAAUUCUGAUAUUCUCCAUGAACAUUUGUGUAAAGAUAUAAGUGGUAACAGAUAUUAAAUAUGGCAUUGACUAGUUUUUAAAGUAAGUAAUUGUGAACUAAGCUUGUUAAUUAACAAUUCCAAAUAUUUUGGUGUUAGAUAUGAUGAACCUAUUGUACUGCCUUUAUGUUUUUAAGAUAAGAAAUGCUGAAUUAUUUUAAAAAAAAAAGACUUGAUACAAUUUAUGUAAAGGAAAAGGCCUCAAAAGUUUUUAUCUGUAAGUAUUUUUGAAUCUUAAUUCAAAUUUUGAAGGCCUUACUUUGGAUUUAAAUACAAAAAGAAUAAAUUAUUUUGCUAAAACACAAGUAAAAGUAAUUGUAGCGGAGGGGGCAUUAAGUUUUACCCUUGUCCGUCUGUACGUACGUCCCAAAAUUGGUUUCCAUUCUCUAACUUUAAUUUGCCUCAACCAAAUGUAAUGAAACUUGUUACCACAAAACACAGAUCAAGUUUGAAUUUUGGUGGCGUCACUUUUACCGUUCUAGAGUUAUGCCCCUUUACAAAUGAAAAAAUUGCUGAAUUUUUCGUUUCCAUUCUCUAACUUUAGUUUGCCUCAACCAAAUGUUAUGAAAUUUGGGUAGCGUCACUUUACAGUUCUUGAGUUAUAUCCCUUUAUUAAGUUAUAUGCAAGCGGGGGCACCAUCUGUGGCCCAUGGACACAUUCCCCAUUUAUUUAUAAAUCAUCUCAUUACAAACAAAGAAAAUAUUGUAAUAUUAUAAGUACAUUCAUUACACAUUUUAAAUGAUUCGUAGGGGAAAGUAGAUUACCAGUCAAGUCCAUUUUCAAGUAUCCUACAUCAACUUUAUAUAGAUUAUUUAGCCUGCCAUUUUUCACUUUUUUUUUAUUUUAUUAUAAAUUAGAUAUAUUUAGGCUUUAGCUUUAUUAUACAAUUUUGUUGUAUUCUUUAAAUCAAAGCUCUUUAGUCAUUCAGAUUUUGAAAAGGUCCGAAGUGUGUCAGAAUGUAUUGUAAGAAAAUUUUUACUGUGUUGAAAUAUUUUUUUUGAUAUUAUUUUAAAGUUAUGUCAUAUCAGAAAGUGCAAUAUGAUUUUGAGAUUUGCCAGUUAGCAUAAUCUUUCAACUUACCUCAAAUGCAUGUUAUGAAUGUAUGUUAGAAACUCUACUAAAAUUAACACACUGCUGUUAUAUUAGAAAACUUGUUGUAAAAGUUUCUGAAUUGCUGAUUGAUUUAUUGUUAGUUUCUUGACAUUUCUUUGUUACAGUUAAAAUCUAUGUAUAAAAAAUGCAAAAUGUGUGCAAAAAUAUAGAAAAAAAUUGAUAUUAGGAUUACAUUAAUGAAUAAUGCUGAAGAAUUACUUCCCCUUAGUAGGGUGCAGUGAAAUAAAGGUAAAAUAUAGACUUACAAUUUUAUAUCAUAGAACCCCCCAACAGAUAUUUACACUGCUGUCUUGUGUGUAAUUUCCAAGUUUAAAAAAUUAAAAUCAAAGAAGGAAACAAAAUGAAUUAUUGUAUUUUAGCUUAAUGUAUUGUAUAUAUUGAUGAUAUAUCAGGAAUAAGUGCUAUUAAUGUAGGUGUUCUGUUUGCUUUGUGAUACAUGUAUUGUUCUAUCACAGAUUUUUUUUCAUAUUCAAAAGGAAUUUUCUGUUUUUCAGUGAGAUACAUGUUGACAUGUUCUUAUUUCAUUAUUUUGAAUAAUUUCCUUAGUUUUAUCAUAUUUCACCAAAUAUUAUUCUUCAAAUAUCUUUUGUAUCAUUUCAUUUUUGUUCACUUUGCUGAAUGGCAUCACCUUAUACCUAUAGUCUGUUAACUAGUUAAAAUAAUAUAUUGGAAACACCAUACCAAUUUGAACUAAACAUUUUAACAGUCACAAAUAAAGUGUCUAUCUUCAAAAUUAUAUAGAUGUUUCAUCAUCAUUCAUCCAACAUGACUUUGAUGAAAUUACAAACACCAAUAUUGAUUUUUUUAUCAGAAAUUGCUGAUAAUUAAUGUUGAUUCAUUUAUUUAUGUUGGCUCCAAAUUUUUGUGAUUUAAAGAAAAUAGUGUGGUUACUUGAUUCUGUGGUUUCAACCAGUUCUACUUACAAGCUUACAGGGAAUUUAUUGUUCAACUACAGCUAUGAAAUUCUCAAAAAUAUUACCCCAUGAAUAGUUAUGACUCCACAGUAUUGAAUAUUCCAGUACAUGUCUUGAAUGAAUGCUUACAUUAUUUUACAAAGUGAUACUUUUAUGCUGUAUGUCAGGAUUAAAAAUGAGGAUCCCUGUCUGCCUAUCAAGAUAGCCAAUUGUAGUUUGCUUUUAGAUUAUUUCACCCAUAUAACCACUUAUUUUUUUAUAUAGUUUCUAAAUCACAGACAUGCAUUUGUUACUAGAAUUAGAUUUCUGUUAAAAAGAUUUUAAUUUCAUGAAUUUUCUCAAACUGCUGAACUUCUUUCUUUUAAUAUGAUAUACUUUUCCUGAAAAAAGUCAAAUAGUAUUUGAAAUGCUUGUCACAAAACAUUUUUGUAUUUAUUGAAUAUUUCAAGUAUUGGAGAAGAAAGAUUAAUAUUUUUAAAAAAGAUUUAGAUGAAGGUACAGUAUCUCUGAAAAUUCAUAAAAAAAAACUCUGACAUAGGAGGAAAAUUCACAGAUCUUUUAAAAUGACUUAUUCCAGAUACUAAUUACAUGCAGAACGCUUUCUAGACAAUAAAAAGGUAAAAAUAUGAUGUAAUUUGAGUUUGAGUUUGAGUUAUUUCCCUUGGCCACCACAUUGGAGGUUAACUAAAUGAUUUUUUUUUCUAAGGUCUAGGGGUCCGUAUAACAAGAUGAAUUUGGCUGAUUUAUGAAGAAAUAUGUUCAUGUUGACCUCCAACAUGGUGACAAAAGGAAAAUAAGCCUACUCAAGUUGUGUCAAUCAAAAACUAUCUAUUUUCUAAUUGCAAAUUAGAUACAUGUAAAUUUUUUCCUAAUUUCAUGAGUAUAUUACUUCAUAAACAAAAUAAGCCAUUGUAUUCAAAAAGAAGUGAUUAUCUAGGAAUAUCUCUAAAGUCUGCAUAUGUUUACAGUAUGAGCCAUCAGGAUCUUUCUUUAAAUGAUUUAACAUAAUUUACUCGUAAAUGAAGAACAACAAGAAUGAAAGGUCACUUGAAUAUCAGUUUAUUCCUAGUGUACAUCAAUAUCAUAUCCCCCCUUUUUUCAAUUGAUCAUAUCUAUAGCUCUUGUUACCUGUUGUUUAUGUCUCAUAGUGGUUUGUAAUAGUUACAAGUUUGUAUCUUCUUGUUAUAUGUAAAUAAUGUUAAUUGUUACUCUGAAACUCAUUGCAGAAUAUAUUAUAUUAUUACUGCUUAUAAUAUAUAUGUGUUCAUGUUGUUAUCAAAAAUUGUGAUAUAUAUCAUGUUUGGAAACCCUGUUUCAUUUAAAAGUAAUGAAAAGCUGUUGACCAUGUUUUAUAUCACCAGAUAGCUAUUUGCAAUAAAAGGAAGAAAAAAAAACAUCUACAAAUAUGACAACAUAAAAUUCAAUACUGUAAAGAAACUUUGUUAGUUGUACUUAUUAAAUGAUACUUGCAUGAAUAAGACAAAAUUGAAAUAAGGUUUUCAUAGUGUUAUUUCAUAAACUAUUUGAUAUAUAAAUAAAUCUAUUAGCAGAAUAAAUGCUUCAGUAUU